UCGAAUGACUAUACGGCCUGUUUCCAGUCAAAGACGGAUAUUCAUAUGGCAAAGGCCAGGCCACCUACACUAUAAAGCAACAUUUUUUCAGUUUCUAGGGAGAAGAAAACUAAGCAAAUCUACGCGGCGAAAAUAGCUAAUAACACAGUUCACCGGAAUGGGUAGUUACAGAGUGUGCGUUUGUUUCACCCGGAAGUUCAGGGUGACGGAGGCGGAGCCGCCGGCGGACGUGAAGGAGGCUUUCAAGAAAUACGCGGAGGGAGGGACCCACUUGACUUCCGAGCAGUUACGGCGGUUCUUGGUGGAGGUUCAGGGGGAAGUGGACGCCACCGCCGACGCUGCCGACGCCGUCGUGCUGCAAAUCCUGCAGAAGAGACACCCCAUUGCCAAGUUCGCUCGCCAUGCUCUCACUCUCGACGAUUUCCACCAUUUCCUCUUCUCCCCUGACCUCAAUCCCCCCAUGGCUUCUAAGGUUCACCAUGAUAUGAAUGCUCCACUAUCCCAUUAUUUUAUAUUCACAGGCCACAAUUCUUACUUGACUGGGAAUCAGCUGACAAGUGAUUGCAGUGAUGUCCCAAUAAUUAAGGCAUUGCAAAGAGGUGUGAGGGUUAUAGAGCUGGACAUAUGGCCAAACUCUGCAAAAGAUGAUGUGAAUGUUCUUCAUGGAAGGACAGUGACAGCUCCCGUGGAACUCAUAAGAUGUCUCAAGUCAAUAAAAGAGCAUGCCUUUGUUGCCUCUGAAUACCCUGUUGUAAUAACACUGGAAGAUCACCUCACGCCUGAUCUUCAGGCUAAAGUAGCUCAGAUGCUCAUUGAGACAUUUGGAGAUAUGCUUCUUAUUCCUGAAACAGAAUGUUUAAAGGAGUUACCUUCACCAGAACAAUUAAAGCAUCGUAUUGUUAUCUCGACUAAACCUCCAAAAGAAUACCUCGAAACUCAGUCUUUUAAAGAAAAACAAAAUGGUUUACAAAGCCAAAAUAGUGUACAAAGCACUGAAAGCAGAAAGGAUGCUGAUGAUGAUGAUGAUGUUUGGGGCAAUGAGCCUUCAACCAUGACAGCUGAUAAAGAAGACCUCAAGCUUGAUGGCGAUCCAGGUGAAAACAAUCACGAUUCUGAUGAUGAUGAGAAAGCACGCGAACCACCUGCAUACAAAAACUUAAUUGCUAUCCACGCUGGGAAACCCAAAGGUGGGCUGAAGGAGGCCCUGAAAGUUGAACCUGAUAAAGUGAGACGCCUCAGUCUAAGUGAACAAGCUCUUGAAAAGGCCACCGAUACUAAUGGGACAGAUGUUGUCAGUUUCACGCAGAGAAAUAUCCUCAGGGUUUAUCCCAAGGGUACUCGAUUUAACUCCUCAAACUAUAAGCCGCUAAUUGGUUGGAUGCAUGGUGCUCAGAUGGUUGCAUUUAACAUGCAGGGAUAUGGCAGAUCUCUAUGGCUGAUGCAAGGGAUGUUCAGAUCAAAUGGAGGGUGUGGUUAUGUUAAAAAGCCUGAUUUAUUAAUGAAUGUCGGUCCAAAUUGUGAGGUCUUCAAUCCUAAAACGAGGUUGCAUGUGAAGAAAACCUUAAAAGUGAAAGUAUACAUGGGAGAUGGAUGGCAUUUAGACUUUAAGCAAACUCACUUUGAUUCAUAUUCCCCACCUGACUUUUACACAAGGGUUGGGAUUGCUGGAGUGCCUGCUGAUGAGGUGAUGAAGAAAACGAAGAUAAAAGAAGAUAACUGGACACCGGUUUGGGGAGAAGAGUUUACGUUCCCGUUGACUGUACCCGAGCUAGCAUUGCUACGAAUAGAAGUGCACGAGCAUGACAUGUCUGAGAAGGACGAUUUUGCAGGCCAAACGUGUUUACCCGUUGCAGAGUUGAGACCAGGCAUUCGAGCUGUUCCCCUCUGUGACCGCAAAGGAGAGAAGUACAAUUCAGUGAGGCUUCUGAUGCGCUUCGAAUUUGUUUAAUGUACUGUUUCUUUCAUCCAUAUUUCACGCAACAAUUUCAUUAGACCAUGUUUUGAAUCGUGUGUUGUCUUAGGAUCAAGAUGCGUGUUUUUGUGUGUGUGUUUUUUUUGGGUUCAGAAAUCAGAACAGAAUCUUGUAAUUUUCCAUGGCAUAAUGAUAUUUCUGAGUGCUUGUGUACAGGUUUUUAAGAAACAAAGGAAUAUGUGAAUUUGUGAAUCUUUGCUUUUACUACUA